AAGAAUGGUAACCCAUAUGACAAUUUCGAUCAGUACUGAAAAAUCGGAAGCUCAGCAAGCCUAAGUACCGAAACGUUAGCCCCAUAUACAUCUUCCGAAAAUUAUUCUGCCCAAUUCAUUUUAGAUUUUACGAUUCUGUUACUGCUAUCAGUUUAUAAGGGCGUUUAAAGGUCUACCGGUCCUCGCCCAGCAGAGGAAACGGUCCCUAAAAAUCUGUUAUGGUAUGAUAUUUGGCACGUCCUUGUCGACGUCACAGUAUUGACAAAUUGUAAUGGCUGUUUUGGUUGAGGUAGACACGAUGAACACUAUACAGGUAGGUUUCGAAAAAAUUGAUAAGGAAUUGAGUCGCUACCCAUACUGUAUUGUUUGGACACCAAUUCCGGGCCUUACGUGGUUCCUGCCAUUCAUUGGCCAUAUGGGAAUAUGCACCUCCACAGGUGUAAUCCGAGACUUUGCUGGGUCUUAUUUUGUAUCUGAAGAUAACAUGGCAUUUGGAAAACCAACAAAGUACUGGAAGCUUGAUAAAGACAAGCUCUAUAGUGGAGGCUUCAGUGCCUGGGACACAGCAGUGCAUGAUGCCUCUGAAGAAUACAAACAUAGAAUGCAUCUCGUGGAACAUGGUGAACCUCUGCUUAUUGUUCUUCAUCCACAGCAAACAUGUCAGGUGAGCUGCAGGUUCUUCUUUUCUGGAGUUCUGCUUGGUGUUUAUAAAAUCAGAAGCAGUCCAAAUGCACAUGACAUGGAAUCAUCAAGCUUGGGUUAUUUGUAGAAGUACAUUAAUUUAAGAACAUACUUCAGCAUUGUUAGGGAUUAUGUUGUUCACAUCCUGUUUCAUGUCAUCAUGUAUUAUUACACAGUUUAGCUGUGUGCAGGAGAUUCAUAUUUGUCCACAGUGGAAAAGGACUCAAACUAUUGAAGUUUAAAGUUGGACCAGUCAGAAGCCAGAGCAGGUGGGAGCAGAACACAAAAGACUGAAGAAAUCCCACAAAUAUUAUCUAAAUACAAUCACAUCAUGUAGCAACAAGCAAGGGAAACAGCUAGAAAGUUGUUACUUUUAUGAUUAAUCAAUGUAGUGAUCUAAAAUAUUACUCAAAAGACAUGAAAAUUAAUCAGUGUAGACAUAUUUGAUAAUGAUCACUGACACUAGAAGAUUAGUGCAAAUCUUUGAUGUUGGGCUAUUAUUUCCUUUUAAUAUUUAUUAUUUCUUGGUUUAUGUUGGAUGUUUAACACAAUAUAUUGCUGAGGCAGUUUAACGAUUUUCAUUGUUUUUCAGAUUAAACAAAUAUCUUCUAACUAAAAGUGUACAUGGAAAGGUGUGCAAGUGUAUAUGGAAUGCGUGAAGUAUAAGCACACAGUAUUUGUCAGGAGAGUGAUAGAAUUUUGCAGGAGCAGAAUGGAAUCUUGCAGGAAAUGGGGUUGACGGAGAUUUAAUACAAGUCCUUUGUAUAGCUCUAGUUUGAAGGUAGGGUCACCAAUUUUAAGUUAAAACACUUUUUGUUAUAUCUGACAAAAUUCUGUCAUCAUAUUCUGGCAAUGAAAAAUAUGCUCAGAAGAUGGAGAUCCCAGCCUCUGUUCUAGUCUCAAGUCUUGGCUAACCCAAGCUGGUGGUGGGCUCAGGGGGUCAAGGAUGAGGGCAGAUCACUGACAUUCUCCUACUUGGACAAGGAGGCAUUUCUCCUUGCCUAGCAGUCAUGUUAUGGAUGUACAGCAUUGGAGGGAACACUGAAGGGAAAGGAUAUGUAAGUCUCAAAAAAGGCUACCUUCAGCCUACUUCAACCAAAAUUGUUUGGAAUAGUGCUAAAUAAACAGGCCUUACUACUUUGUCCAAUAUUGUAAGUUUAAUACCGAGGAAAACACCUCAGCCCAAAGCGCAUAUAAUUAGUCAUGCUGCUGACAAGUUCCUGCAUAGAAUGUAGAGUAAUUCAAAAUUAAUUUCAGAGUCUGUUCUGCAUCAUCUCUGUAAUGCAUUGCCUUAAAUAUAGAGUUGUGUAUUUGUGUGUGUUUAAAGCAACUUUAAUAAAGACCCCUCCUCCCCAGAUUGAAGGUGUGCUAAGGAGAGACAGGAAAUGUGGUUUUAAAGGAAACAUGAUUCUAAUUAUGUUUCCCCUCUCUUUCAGCACUGUUGGAAUCCUGAAGACGUGGCUGCCUUUCCUCAUGAUCUGUGGAAUCAUUGUUACGGCCACUCUUGCACUCAAGCUCUAGUUGACAU